CCAGCCUGGGGCUGCUCCCGGCCUUCCCUCCCUGCACAUGCCGGUCUGGGCAAAUCCCAUUGUUCGACAUUUUCCAGUUCAUCUGGAAAGCAAAUGCAAUUAUCUCCUGUCCAGCCAAGGUUGAUUGGGGCUAUUUAUUCGAGGCCUUGAGCGGGGUCGGGGGUGUAGCGAAUUCCGGCGCAAAUCCAACCGCGGCCGUAAUUGGGGGAAUGUGAGGGGCAGCCGCGGGCACAGCGGGCACAGGAGCCGCUCCGGCUCCUCCUAAACGCCGAGCCGAGCGCUCCUAAAUGAUCCGAGCACUCCUAAAUGAUCUCGUUAGCGGCGGCAAUCAGGCUGGGAAUUGUCCGUGCGGAAAAAUCCGGCGGGAGGGCGACGGGUCCGGGCUGGGAUUCAGCUGCUGGCGAGGGGGUGGAGGGUCCUGUCCCUGCAUCCAGCCCGGCUGGGAAAUUAGGAGAAAACCUCCUGGCCUGUCCUACUGGAAGCGCAUUGUCGUGGUGGUGACAGCAGCAGCGGUGCCAUUUUGGGUUCAAGUCGCAGCUUUUGCCCGUUUUCCCGAGCUCGAGCAGGCGGUGGCCACCUCUCCCCUCCCAGAGGCAACAACCUGCUUCCAAAUCGCUCUUUGUGUGCAAAGUAGAAUUUCAUGGAAAGCGUUGGGCGAAGGGAUGAAAAUGUUUUGAAACGAGGCCGGGUCUGGGGUUUGCUCCCCCCGGGCCCCGCAGCAUCCCGGUGGAACUCGGUACCCGGCUCUGCCGUUGCCAUGGGAACACCAUUCCCAAAUUCAGCCGGAUGAGUCGCAAAAUCUGCUCUGGGUUUGAAGGCAAAUCCCUCUUUCAGGAGAGCACCCGGGAGCGCGGGAGGGGUUACGGUGGAGGUCGCGCAGCCCUGCCCGGGGGCAGGGGAGCCACCUCGGUGGUGUUCAGCUGCCAGGAGAAGGGAACAGGAGCGCCCUACGCUGCCAAGAUCCUGAAGAAGACGAUCGACAAAAAGAUCGUGAGGACGGAGAUUGGGGUCCUGCUGAGGCUCUCACACCCCAACAUCAUCAAGCUGAAGGAGAUUUUCGAGACGCCCUCGGAGAUCGCGCUCGUCCUGGAGCUGGUGACGGGGGGAGAGCUCUUUGACAGGAUCGUGGAGAGGGGGUUCUACAGCGAGCGGGACGCGGCUCACGUGGUCAAGCAGAUCUUGGAGGCAGUUUCGUAUUUGCACGAAAACGGGGUCGUCCACCGGGACCUGAAGCCGGAGAACCUGCUCUACGCAGACCUGUCCCCCGACGCGCCCCUCAAAAUCGGUGACUUCGGGCUCUCCAAGAUCGUGGACGAGCAGGACACCAUGAAAACGGUCUGCGGGACGCCGGGGUACUGCGCCCCCGAAAUCCUCCACGGGUGCCCCUACGGCCCUGAAGUGGACAUGUGGAGCGUGGGCGUCAUCACCUACAUCCUGCUCUGUGGCUUUGAGCCCUUCUUCGACCCCCGGGGGGACCAGUACAUGUACAGCCGCAUCCUCACCUGCGACUACGAGUUCGUGUCCCCGUGGUGGGACGAGGUGUCCCCCAACGCCAAGGACCUGGUCAGAAAACUGAUCGUUUUGGACCCCCAGAAGAGGCUGACGGUCUACCAGGCCCUGGAGCACCCCUGGGUCACCGGGAAAGCCGCUAAGUUUGCUCACAUGGACAGCACGCAGAAGAAGCUGCAGGAAUUCAAUGCCAGGAGGAAACUGAAGGCUGCCAUGAAGGCCGUGGUGGCCUCCAGCCGCCUGGGCAACCACGGGCACCACGACGGGCGCAGCCAGGGGGGUCCCCGGGGCCCCCACCCGCCCCAGGGCUCGGGGACCGCCGGCCCCGGAGCCACCACGGCCAGCGAGGACCUCGGCGUGUUCCAGAGCGACCACCCCGCCGUGCCCCCCGUGCCCCUGCCCGGCGCCGGCUGCCAGAGCUAACGGGGUCACCUUCCACCACCAACACCCGCCGAGCCCCGGGGGGAGCCGGGGGGGGCCGUGAGAGCCCCGAGCCCGUGGUUUGAACUGUGGGACGUCCUUCUUUUGUGUCCUGUUCCCGUGAGUCGUCCCGGUCCUGUCCAUGCGUGUCUGUGCCCACCUGGCUCCGGGGGGACCGGGCGGGGCUGGGAUGUGACUCCUGGGAUGUGACUCCUCUUCCCACGGUCUCCGGGCUUGGAAAGGUCCCAAGUGGCUUAAAAACGAGGAGCAAAGAGCGGCACAAAGGAUUUCUCUCCCCUCCCCUCCAGAGGCAGUGGGUUGUCUUUGAGGGGUUUGUACGUUCCUGUAAAUAGUCCUGGGAGGUUUAUCUCUUUAGAUUAUUGCUGCCCCUUGCUGUGAUGUCUCCAGUGCUGUCACCAGGCCCAGCUGGGGGUUUGCUGCUGUGUUAGACGAGGUUUCAGGAGCCUCUGAACCCAGAUUUUUGAUCCUCUCUGGAGAAAAGUGUGUGCCAGUGGUUCCCUUGCCAUCCCUAGUUGGCGGCUGACCUCCAAUUUGUUUUUCUUCCACCUGGUUUUGUGUGUUCCCACCUCGUCUCGCUGUGGAUUCAUGGUGGUGGUGGGGUUGUCGUGGAACUGGGAAUGCUGGUCUGGCCUCUCCUUGGCACUCCAGGUCAGCAUUUACACAACAGUUUUAAGGAAGAACAAGCAACCCUUUCUAGGGUGCUUUGUGGGAGGCUGUAACUGCUGUGCCCUGAGGGAGGAAAAUGAGUUUAUACCUACUUGGGUUGUUUGUUUGUUUUUUAACGAAAUCAGGGAACAAACCUCUUGAAAAGAAAUUUUCUAGGCAGCACUUACCGAGCAUUUUCAGAUUUUAAUACAGAACAAGUGACCAGACAGGAAAAGCCAUAUUCCACCUGGGAAUUACAGAGAGCUGGCAGCUGCACAGCCCCAGCUUGGGGGGGUCCAGCAAGGUUUGAUUCCUGAGGCAGUCCAUGGCCUGCACCCCCACGGUCUGGGUUUAUAGCAGCGUGUUCAGGGCAAAACCCCACCUGGAGGAGAGUCAGUGUGUGCAGGAGGUUCAAUCCCCCAGGACAGGGGUGCAGAACUGAACAGCUGAUACAGGAGGGGCAAAAACGCCCCAAAAUGGGUGUUUUGCCGAAGCUGAAGCCGCGGUGACGGGCCCAGGGGUGACAGAGCAGGGUCAGCAGGGCCAUCAGAGCACAGGAGGAAAACGUGGCAUGAGGAUUUUGUGUUUAUUUGCAGCACAGGCAGAAAUCAAAAGGGCUCCGUGGAAGGGCUGAUCCACCGUGUGGAGCUCAGUGAUGUUUAGGGAGCUUGUAAAGCCAAACACAGAGGAGAAAUAGGAUGUUCAGGGGGGGGUUUUACUUGGAAAAAUAUUAUGUCUUGAGCAGAACUGGCCUUUUUUUAACUGAGUUGUACCUGUGUGGGAUGUCACGGGGGAGGACGUGGACACUGAGCCCGUGGGAUGCUGCAGCACCAGGAAAUUAUCCCUUUUUCUUUGCAUUUUGCAGCAGGGGCAAGUUUUUUCUCUCCUUUUUCUAAUACCGAGGGCUGACCUUUGCAGUGUGUUCUCAUCUCCAGCCUCUGUCCCACCCUUUGUUGUGUCCUUCCAGCUCCGUGUUGUCUCCAUGUGCUCCAGUGGGACCAGAACCCCACCUUGAACCUUGUUGUUUAUUAACCCGGGUUUUAAAGACUGUUUUAUAUCCUUUGACAUGAAAGACUGAUUAAAGCACCUUGCAGGACCAGGCUGGAGUGCUCAGCACCCCCAGAGCCUGGGAAGCAGGGACUGGUGCUGGGAAUGGCUGAGUGACAU